GCUUCCUUCCUUCCUUCCCUCUUCCUUCCGCCGUGCUCCGCCGAGUUCGGCUCUCCGGGGCGGCAGGGCAGGAGGUGCCGCGGCCAUGUCGCUGCUCUGCUACAACCGGGGCUGCGGGCAGCGCUUCGACCCCGAGAGCAACACGGAGGGUUCAUGCACAUACCAUCCAGGUGUGCCUGUUUUUCAUGAUGCUCUCAAAGGUUGGUCAUGUUGUAAGAGGAGAACAACGGACUUCUCUGACUUCUUAAGCAUUGUGGGCUGUACAAAAGGUCUCCAUAACAGCGAGAAACCUCCUGAGCCUGUUAAACCAGAAGUCAAAACUACCUCUGAACGAAAGGAGCUUGCUGAACUGAAACCUAAAUUUCAAGAACACAUAAUUCAGGCACCAAAACCAUUGGAAACAAUUAAGAGGCCAAGCCCAGAUGAGCCAAUGACAAAUUUGCAGCUGAAAGUGUCAGCUUCCUUGAAACAAGCUCUCGAUAAACUGAAACUGUCAUCAGAAAAUGAAGGAAGAAGAGAGGAAGAUAGUGAUGAAAUCAAGAUUGGGACGGCAUGUAAAAAUGCAGGCUGUUCAAAAACAUACGAAGGACCACACAGCACAGAAGAAGUAUGUAUAUACCAUUCUGGUGUACCUAUAUUCCAUGAAGGGAUGAAGUAUUGGAGCUGUUGUAAAAGAAAAACUUCUGACUUCAAUACAUUUUUAGCUCAAGAAGGCUGCACAAGAGGCGCACAUGUAUGGACUAAAAAGGAUGCAGGUACAAAAGUAGUUCCAUGCAGGCACGAUUGGCACCAGACUGGAGGAGAAGUGACUAUUUCUGUAUACGCUAAAAACUCCGUCCCUGAUCUGAGCUAUGUAGAAGCUAAUAGCACAAUGGUAAAUAUCCAUAUUGUAUUUGAAGGAGAAAAGGAGUUUCAUCGCAGUGUGAAGUUAUGGGGAGUGAUUGAUGUAAAGAGGAGUUACGUGAACAUGACUGCUACAAAGAUUGAGCUCACCAUGAGAAAAGCAGAGCCCCUGCUAUGGGCAAGCCUGGAGUUACCAGUAUCCAACACACAACCAAAACAGGAGGGUUCGGAUCAAUAAUGAUUCCAAGAGACAAGUUAUUUCCCAUGAUGAAGUGGUGACUUGAUACUGUAAUCAAAUAUUUAACUUUUAUAUAGAUCUCUUUUUUUUAAUGCUAGAUCAUCUGUUCCCUUUUAGAAAGAAAUUUGACGCACAGUAAAUGGGGGUGUAAACUUGAAUGGGUAACAGUUAUUUCUGCUCUUGUUCCCAUGGGUAUGUUUAUGCUAGAUGCAAUGUCUCUGUGGGAAUUUAGAGUAAACAGCUAUUGCCCUUUGCUUGCAACCUUCCUUACCAUGCACUGGCUAUCCCAGUAGAUGUGCUCUCUGUUCACAGUGGGUUUCUCUAUUUUUCAGCUGUUCUGUUUAGUCUGGAUGCAUUAAGUUGCCUGUGUUAAAUUCACCACUGUUAAGAAGCAUACAGUAAUGCAGAUAAAAAAAAAAUCUGAGUUUGAACUGAUUAGCAUGCAAUUCCACCUCUAAAGUAAAAGGUUACAUAAACAGAAAUAUGAAGUUGUAGACUUUCGUGUUCUGAAAUGAAGGUUUGUUUCAAUACUGUUGGCUGUGGAAGGAUGAAAUAAUUGGUAUUAUUCCAAGGAUUUCUGUACUUGCUGACUCCUGCUGUCUUUCAUGUGUCAAAGCAGAUCAGGUUAAAAUUUAAAAAAAGGUGGCAAGAAGGGAUUUUUUGUUUUACUCUUUUACAUUUGCUAUUUAAAUAUAAAAGCAAAUGGACAGUGGAAAUGGUUAUAUAACUUAGCAUUUCAACUGUGAAGAGUAUGCAAACAACAAACUAUUGUAAAAUUACCAAAGUGCUGUAUAUCUUUGGCAGCCUUUAGAACAUAUAGUCUGUUGUAUUCUACAACAUUGAAAAUCUCAAGACUCUUCUCAAAGUAGGUUGAUAUGUGAUGUGUAGGAGAAGCCAGCACACCCUGUAGGUGUCUUGGUAAAACAAUUUCCGUAUAGAUGCGUGUAUCUCUUGACUCUGAGGAUGGUCAAGGAUGGUCAUCUAAGAACUGUAGUUAUAUACAGGACAAAUCUUGGGAGAAACAACAUGCUUUAAAAUGUCUGUCUCAAAUUGUAAUUGUACAUUUGAAUCAAAAUACUUUAAAAGAAUACUGUAUCUUUUGAGCAGACUAUAAUUAGAAAUCAAUACCUUAGUUUUUUUUCAGGUCAUCAGUAAAGGUACAUGGCUGAAAACAGGAUAGCUUAAAAAUUAGAUUUUUUUAAUUUUUUUUUUAUCCAAGCAGCCACACACACGGUAAGGUUGCUUUCUAUUUCUGCUUGGAAUAGUUUCUUAAUUUUGGCUUGCAGCUGAAAUAAAAAAGAUUUCCUAUAAAAGUAAUAAAAAGUGCACACCAUUAUUUAUUGUGCCUAAUCAUAUAUCUGUAAACAACAGGUCUUGUGGACUGUUAAAAUGCAUGGAUGCUCAUCUGCCAGCCUUGGCAGACCUGGAAUAGUGUCAGGAGAAACACAGGGUGUAGUAAAGGCAUUCUGAAGUGAAAUAACAGAUUUCUAAGAAUCUUGCUGUUUUCCAGUAGUAUGAAUUGACUUGAGCUCAGACUUCUAACAGUACUUGAAGUCCUACUUCAUGCUUAAAGUAGUAGGAAAUACAUUACCAAAGAAACCAUCCCUGAAGACAAAGAAAGUAACACUGGUGAUAAAUAUAUAUAUUUACACACGCAUAUAUAAAAUUGUUUUGGUGCUUCUCUACCUUCACUUCAAGAUCCUUUGUUGUUGACUACUUAGUUCAAGCAUGGUUUCAUACUCCCUUGGACUCUUCUACAAAACUUCAGCUCUAAGUUCUGCUGUAUAGAUUCUGUUAACCUCUAUUAAUACCUUUUUUUUCCUCUUUUUUUUUUUUAAAUUUGAAAAUGUCAGGUACUACAAAGUGAUAGGGUACAAGCUUAUAAAACGUGUGCCUGCCAAGUGGUCCUCUGAAAAUUGAACAGAUGUUCCUUGAUGUGUUCUGAACCAACAAGUGGAGUACUUAUUAGUAUGACACUGAGAACAUCAGAGGAUAAAAAAUUCUACAUAGCUGUAGCUACUAGCAUGCAGUCUGUGUUUGUGUGUGCAGAACUCUGAACUUGGACAGCAAAAUUAGCAGUGCUUAAACGCCAGGAUAAAGUUCUUGUUUAACAAGCAAGUUCAAAUUUGUCUAUCCAUAUGGAUAUAUAAAUAUCCUAAAUAUGUUUAAAAAAUGUGGAAAACAUAUUUUCACUUAAUUUGCAUCCUCAUGUGCAGUAGGCUUACAUAAUGUAAAAUCCAUUUUAAAGAACUGCAUGAAAAAUGGAAUUCCUUGGGAAAACAGAAUUUCUGUUUUUAAGUAAGUUGUCUUCUGCCUUAGUGCACUAAACCCUAAAUGGAGAGAAAUGUGGAUUGGACCAUCUGCUGUGAAUGCUGCAGUCUCUGGGGUCCUGUAACUACUGUUAUACUCUUUCAAACUAUAUUCUGCUGGUAGCUUAGUCACCUUGGCCAUAAAUGGGAGAAAGCUCCUGUAAACACAGUCCUCAAAUUUGCUUUUGCUUUUUAUGCAUUCCUCCUGCUCUUUUCCUGUUGUUCAUACUUUCAGCACAAAACUAACAAUACUUCAGGUGUUCUGUAAUGACUCUCCCCAUCAGUGGCAAUACAACCACUUUUAAAACUUACUUGUUUAAAAAAGCAAGCAAACAAAUUAAGGAACCCAUAAAAACUCUACCAGGUUUGGUUAGGCAAGAAAGUAUAGAUUUUACAGUAACAGCAUAGUUUCUAUGGCCUGGGAUGCUUUUCAAAAUAAAAAGAUAAACCUUCAGAUGG